GUUUCAGAUUUUUGACUGUUCAGUUCAAGUCUGGUCGUCAGUGAACCAAGCUAUGAUCAAAGAGCAAUGUGCCUUUAAUUCUAAUCGUGAAUCCCUCGCCUGCGACUUUCUCAGUGGAAUUUGCCUCGGAGCUGCGCAGGCCCAGGGGGGCUCGGGCAAAGGCAGCGCAUCCACCUCCCUAGCCCCCCUGGACGAACCCUCCCCAGAAGAAUCCGAUGAGCCCCCUGAUAGAGGAAGAACAUAUACGGCCACUAGCUCGGAUGAGCCGAACACUCAAUUUCAACCACAUAAGAGAUGUUCUACGAUUACUUCGCCCACAGGUCAUUGGCUGUUAUCAGACGCUAGUUUAUCACGUUGCGCAGAUUCAAAACAUCCGUUCAGCUUCAACCAAUCAGAUGAUAGCAGAUUACGUAAUUUAGAAGAUGUUUACGAAGCUGAAAUUUACGGCUUGGGACAAGAACAGGAUGCGGUUUCAAUGCGCAGGAGGCCACUAGCGAUAGAUGUAGGAAGCGUGAAAUAUGUGCCUUCAGGUUUGGACCAAAAUGAGAGCUGCGCAAUUUCCGAAGCGACGCUUGUGGAAGAAUCUGCUCGCUAUGGUAGCCAAAAGUCUAGUAGUGAAAGUACGGAUGGAGCGGGAAGCACCUCUUCUUCAAAUGCACCAUCGGGACCAAUCAAGGGUCUGUUUUCGCCAAUCGCCCUAGCGAAGACCUGGGGACAAAAUCACUCGAAGGUUCUGAGAAGCGCGAUGAAAAGACGAACGAUAUCGCUAGACAGUAGUAACGGAGGCAUGAACACCUCGGCCACUAUCAUUCUGAACAGUAUGGUGGGUGAGGAUCUCCCAAAUGGAUCUAUGGAUACCUCGGAUUUGAGCACCCAGCGGUAUCUAGGACUCACUAGUGGAAAUAAAUCAAGAGCUCCGUUCUCUAUGUUUUGCGCGAUUAAUUACAGUCGCGCUAACAAUAAAGCUUGUUUGGGACCGGCAACUAGGCCCAGAGGGGUGAAAGUACUCCAGGUUCCAACUUCAAACGACCGCUUCUUAUCUCAUUUACUGGAAGAAGUGAUUGUUCUUGAAUUCGAAGAGAAAGAACCAUGCGUCUCAUAUUACUUGCUAGUGAACGAUGUAUCGAAUUCAAGUAAUCAAUCUAGCUCACAUGGAGCUUACUUCUCUUACUUGCUUUUCAAUUCUAGAAAUAAGGAUGGUAGCCAUGCCGUUUUACUGGGAGUUACAAAUCGCACUGAAGAAAUUGAAUCGUGUCCGUUUGGGUCUCGCAUAUUAAGCCUGGAUAGUCAAGGUGAAAGUUAUUUAGUUCCUGUUUAUGCCAAGUCUAGAACAUCGAGGCACUCAACUGCAGCUGCGCCUGUGUGUAGUGGUGAUGAAAGUUCAAGGAAGUCUUCAAGAUGUGGGACUUCUUCGAGCACUUUAAUGGUGGAUCCAGUUAUCAGAUACCAACGUCAAGUAUCUGCCGUCACAGUCCAACAGCCUAUUUGUUUUACCUCAGCCGAAUUCAUUCCGGACCAAGUUCGCAACAAUUCCUACUCUUACGCGCCAAGUUUUCUAGACGAUCCCUCACUGAACUACGCUUCCAAAACUUAUCUUAAACUUCCCGGAUACCGCUCUUCUCUCUUACAUCAUGAAGAACAUCCCACAAGUAAAAUGCACGUUAACGAACGGUUCAAGGACAGAUUCCCCUACAUACAACUGACCCUUACCAAAUUACGGAGCAUGAAAUUGCAGCUCAGUAAGUUUUUGUACGUCGAGUGUCAAUUUGAUCUCUGUGUAGCAUGUUAUGCACUUACAUACUUCGAGAAGUUGGUGUUUUGCGAGCGAGUCAGCAAGGCUAACAGACGUUAUUCAGCCGCAUGUUGUGCUAUACUAGCGGCUAAAAUGAACGACAUCAAAGGUCAGCAGCUUACAAAACUGGUUUCGAACUUGUGCUCGAUUUACAAGAUAAACAGAAGUGACUUGCUGAACUUUGAGUUCCCAGUGUUGGUAGCCCUGAAGUUUAAUCUCCAUCUGUCAACCAGUUUACUACGUCCCAUGUACAGCAGUUUAAAACAGACACUAACUUGAUAACCGAUGAUUUAAAUUCAAUUUUUACAUUAUAUGCAAAUGAAAAGGUGACUUUAUGCACUAAGCAGAUGUAGCUAAACUCCUAGGUCGACAAUAGUGACAACGAAAGGCUCAUAGUUAUCAAGAAUUUGUUCCGUGCUGAACGAGAUGCACAAAAUACAAUGAACAAAAUACACAUUUUGGUCU